GGGACCGCCAGCAACGAAGAAGAACUUGAAUUUUUUUUUUCCUCCCUCGGAGCAUAAACAAACCCGAAAUAAACCGGACAAAAUUGCUGAAACAAGUCAUACAUUGACUUCAUCCGCCGCAUUAAUGGAGCAUUAACGCAUUCUUCAGCGCCUUUUUUAUGGCGUCUCAGCAUCGUGUUUACGGAUGAAAAUAAGCUAGCAGACUUGUUAUUUUAUUCAUUGUGUGAAAGGAUGCCGCUGGGCCUGAAACCAUGUUGCGCUGUCUGCAAAACCAACUCGUCGUCGAUGUGGAAAAAAGGCAACCAGGGCGAUAUUUUGUGCAAUAAUUGCUCUGUUAAGAGCAGCACCGGCACGACUGGAAGCGGUGGUGGACCGUCAGGAGCAUCCACGUCGUCCAGCACUCAACCCAGCAAUGGCGGUGGCAAGCAGACCAAGCAGGAGAUCCACAGGAGGUCGGCACGCUUGAGGAGCACCAAGUACAAAGCCCCCGCAUCCGAAAAGAAAGUGUCCACCAAAGGCAAGGGCAGGAGACACAUUUUUAAACUAAAAAAUCCAAUCAAAGCGCCGGAAUCUGUCGCCACCAUCAUCACGGCAGAGUCUGUGUUCUAUAAGGGCGUGUACUACCAGAUCGGCGACGUUAUCAAGGUGACGGACGAAGACGACGGAAAGCCGUACUACGCCCAGAUCCGAGGAUUCGUUCAGGAUCAGUACUGCGAAAAGAGCGCCGCUCUCACUUGGCUCCUCCCCACGCAGGCCAGCCCCAAAGACCACUUUGACCCUGGGACCUUUAUAUUAGGUCCGGAGGAGGACCUGCCGAGGAAGAUGGAGUUCCUGGACUUUGUGUGUCACGCGCCGUCCGAGUACUUCAAGUCAAGGAGCUCGCCGUUCCCAACCGUCCCCGUGCGGCCGCAGAAGGGUUACAUAUGGACGCAUAUAGGACCCACGCCAGCUCUGGCCGUUAAAGAGUGCGUCUAACGCAUUGAUUUGGACUAACGGACUCGCUAGCUGCCACUGAUGGCGAUAGAUGUCAAUGGAAUGUUGAUGAAUGAGUAUUUGUACAGUCACAUGUUAUUCAUGUAAAAAUAUAUAUAUUAGUGUUAUUUUUCUUCUGUUG